CCUCUCUUAUUCGGAGUCCUCACCUCAUCCUCACUCCUGGAACAGCCAGAGUAAUUUACGAUGCUGGCGCAACGCCCUAGACCUCAGCAUACAGGCGUAAUGCCUGAUGGGAGCCGCACGAUUACCAUUCACGAUGUUUCCGCUCCCGAAGUAAGCUAUCACGAUGUCGGAUCGCACCCUCGGCCAGUCUUGAGAUUACGAGGUGGACCCCGUCGCCAGCAACGUGUUGUAUGGAAGGAGGGGACGAUAGACAAUGAGAAUUGCGGGAGAAAGAAGUCCAAGAUUUGCUGCAUAUAUCACAAGCCGAAGCGGUUCGAUGAAUCCUCCGACGAAUCAUCUGGAGAAUCGGAUUCGGGUCGGGCGAAGCCGAUUAGACGUGCACGCCUUCCCCACCACCACGACCAUUCACCAAAUGAAGGUCCCAAUGAAACUUCGUCUUCUUCUGCCGGCGGAGAAAGCUCUGCCGAACGACAAGGAUCUGGAAGCGCCACUAUGACAGAACUGCAAGAUGCAUUGUUGUCUCACAAUGCGUACGAGGUCCAAUCCGGGCGGAAGGAUUUCAAAGGGAAAGCACCUGCAUAGAUCCUUCAUCUUCGCUCAGUGCAUUUGACCCCCAUUCGUCGCCAUUCUCGCUUUUGUGCCGUUGCACCCCGUCACUAUCUUGCAUUUACCCAAAACACCUAUGUAACAUCGUCUCAAACUUUAUGUAAUCACACGGUACCUCCUAGCGCUGAAUAGGUGGGUCCGGACUUCGUGAAGUUUAUGUACAAGGGGUAAGGAAUAGCAACAAGAUGUCGAGGUCAUGAAAUACUAUAACAUCAUAGCACGUAGCUCGUGAAGGCAGUUCCAAACUAGAUACGUACACGGGACAAGGAAGCUGUCAAGAAUCAGAAAUGCGACUUAGGUCGCUAGAGAAGAACAUGAUCUCAUGGCAGUUUGGAUCGAGUGGUACCGCGAAGAAGGGAGGCUGCGCGUGACAACGAUUUAGCA